AUCUCGCAUAUAAAAGCAAUUUGAGACUUCUCGGCCGUUAUUUCCACUUUCUUCCCUCAACACAACCUAAGAAAACGCCACCCUUACUUUUACAAAAGCUGUCUUACACAAAACCGCUGCUGCCCCGCGGUGCCUAAAAAGAUCCACAUAUAGGGCUGAGAGGCAACUACUUCAUGACGCAUCUUCCUCUUUACUUUCAACUAAACUCCCACCUCCAUCUUCCCCACUAUCCAUCAGUAAAGUCGCUAGCAAACAAAGCUCCACUCAUCGCCAAGUAUCAUCGCAAGUCUCUCUAAGAGCUUCUUCAGUAAUCAUCGGACUUCACCAUGUCAGAACCCCUCAGCAUCGCCGCCAUCCUUGGCGGCAUGGCAGAAGCGCUUCCUACACAUUCCCCCGACGACGAGUCAUCGGAUCUCGCAUCCUCAUACGAAGUUAUCGCUCUACUCAUUCACUCCUAUCUCUCCGCUCUUGGCUUCAAGCUCCAGGGCUUUGACGAGGACAAGAAGCUAGCUGAAUGCGAGUCACUCGCUCCUCGUCUUCCAUCACAUUGGAACUCGGGCUUCAAAUCCUACAGCUUUGUGUAUUCGCACAAGCAGUCAGCCAUGACCUUUAGCAUUCGCGUGGAUCGCAUGGGUAAGAAGGUUGAGGUCCGGGGACUGGCUGUAGGAGACGACAAUAUUCGUCGUUUCGAACGAACGAUCAGCGAAGUAGUGGACACCAAGAAACUCCCUAUUCGCAUCACUAUCAACGACAACCAAGAAGACCGAAGUGACCUUGUUGAAAAGCUCCGCGGAGUGUUCACAUCUGAACAAGCCAUUGCUGAUAUUCUCCAUGAUCUCAAGACCAACAUUAUUCAGAAACUCAUUCCUAAACUCCAGAGUGAAGGAUAUGUCGAGACUGCCGAGGCAGAGGACAACGCACGCUCUGAGCGCCGCGCCCAAGAAGCACAAAACCCAAACCGACCAUUCCGUGGUGACCCUGUGCCUAAUCCAAACAUGCCUCCGCCUCCAGCAAACCCACUUCCCGAGAUGGCUCGCCCCCGUCCCCACCCCGUGGGCGACUUCCCUCCUCCAGGUUUCGAGGACGAGUAUGAGAUGAAUCGGCCACCACGAGGUGGUUUUCAGAUGCCCGGUAGGUCUCCUUAUAACAUUGGACACGACGACCUAAAUCCUCCUGGUCUUGGUCCUCAUGAUCCUCUUCGUGGUUCGUUCGUUGGCGGGGGAUUGCCUCGUCCCGGUGGCUACUCGGGCAUGCAUCCUACCUUUGACGACCCAUUAUUCAGAGGACAAGGAGGUGAUGGGCAAGGAGGGUACGAUCCCCAAGCGCCGCCUGGCGCGCGAUGGGACCCCACUGGCCCUGGAGGUAAUCCUCGAUUCCCUGGUCCUGGUAGUGGGCGAGGCAACAAUCCUUUUGGAGGUUUUGGGGGAGGUUUCGGAGGUGGUGAUAUAAUUUAAGUAGUUGCGCCUAAAGUUUCUCAAUGGGCAAUGUCUGUUUGAACCCGUAACUACUAAAAGAAUCACAAAUUUUAAUUAUCUA